AUGGCGAGUUCUUCGACUAAAACUCAUCCUUGGUUUGAAAUUUGUCAUUCACGUCCAUCAGCUAAAUAUCAAGUAUUUAUAUUUCCAGGAGCCGGUGUUCCAGGUUCAUAUUAUAAUGAUUGGGAUAGGAGUUUUCCUGAAUACGAAUUUUCAUUAGUAAUUUAUCCUGGACGAGCAAAACGAUCGAGUGAAAAUUAUUUAUCAACUAUGAAAGAAUAUCUUGGUCAAUUAUAUCGAGAACUUUUACCAUAUAUUAAAAAGCCAUGUAUUUUUAUUGGACACAGUAUUGGAGCUAGAAUUUGUUUUGCAUUCGCUAGAUUUAUGAUUGAAACAAGAUCCUAUGAAGCAGAUUUAAUUAAAUUAAUUAUUGUAAUGGCACAAGGACCACCUCAUUUACAAGAUGUUGAUCCAUCUACUACGAACAUGACGGAUGAAGAACUUGUUCAAGAAUUCAAACGAACAGCAGAUCCUAGUACAAAAGACAUAUAUGACUAUAAACCAUUUAUUGAAAUGUUAAUACCUUUGUAUAGAGCUGAUUCAAAAAUUGGUGCGGAAGUAAUUCCAUCUACUCCAAUAGAUGUUCCAAUUAUUGCUUAUGGAGGAGAAAAAGAAGAAUUUAUUACUGAACCAUUUUUAAAUAAAUGGACAGAAUUAACAAAAAAAAAAGAUUUAUUCCGUAUUCGAAUGUUUCCUGGACAUCAUAGUUUUCAAUCGGAAUGUCAAAAUCAAGUAUUACAAUGUCUCAAAGAAGAUUUUAAUACUUUUUUAAAUAAUACAAAGACUUAA